UGCUGAGCCCGGUCACGCCCCGUCCCUGUCAUCGGAUCCCAACAGCGGCGACCGGUAGCUAUUCCCCGCGGUGCCAUUCAGCUGCUGCUGCGGUGUGCGCGCUGCCUGCAGUGCGGGGAAGGAGCGGCGGCCGUGGGAGAGGCGCACAGAUCAGGACGUGAGAUGUUGGAGUGACCAUAUGACGACGACAAAAUGAAUAAAAUGAAAGGGCCCAUGGAAAAAUGCCCUUCAAACAAUUCUCGGAUUGUGACUCUCCUAUCGCAGCUGGAAAAAAUCAACACUGAAUCAACAGCCUUAGAUCCAGAUAAUGCAAGAUUUGUCACUGCAAAAAUCCUGCACUUGGCACAAACCCAAGAGAAAACAAGAAAGGAAAUGACCGCCAAAGGCUCCACCGGUGUGGAAGUAAUUCUUUAUACACUAGAGAAUACCAGGGAUCUACAGACCGUAUUAAAUAUUGUAAAUAUUCUGAAUGAAUUAAUGUCAGCCGGCGGAGGGAGAAGAAUAAAUGUCCUGAUAUCCAAAGGAGGGACACAAGUCUUGCUACAGUUGCUACUUCGUGCUAGUAAGGACCCUUCUAAUGAAGAAUUAAUGGUGCUUCUCCAUAGUGUGCUGGCAAAGAUUGGUCCAAAAGAUAAAAAGUUUGGAAUAAAAGCGCGGGUUAGUGGAGCACUGAACAUCUCUCUGAACCUGGUGAAACAAAGCUUACAAUAUCCUAAGCUAUUACUGCCGUGUCUGCAGGUGCUACGUGUGUACUGUAUGAAUUCUGUAAAUGCUGUGUACCUAGGCAAAAAUGGAGCAGUAGAACUUCUGUUCAAAAUAAUAGGACCAUUCAGUAAAAAGAACACUGGCCUCAUGAAAGUCUCCUUAGAUACACUGGCUGCUUUGCUAAAAUCAAAAACGAAUGCUAGAAAAGCAGUAGAUCGUGGAUAUGUUCAAGGGCUCUUAACAAUUUAUGUAGACUGGCAUCGCCAUGACACUCGGCACAGACACAUGUUGGUCCGCAAAGGCAUUCUGCAGUGCCUUAAAAGUAUUACAAACAUCAAACUGGGUAGAAAGGCAUUCAUUGACGCCAAUGGUAUGAAGAUUUUGUACAACACCUCACAGGAUUGCCAAGCUGUUAGAACGUUAGACUCGCUUGUGAAUACCUCUAGUCUGAUAAUGAGAAAAUGCUUUCCCAAGAACCGUCUUCCAUUACCAACCAUCAAAAGUGCUUUUCAUUUUCAACUACCUGUUGAACCUACAAGUGGACCUGUGGCUCAGAUUUUCAGCAUGCCCCCUGAAGUUGAUGAUGUUGUGGACGAAAGUGACGACAAUGAUGACAUUGAGGCAGAUGCAGAAGUGGAAGCUGAAAAUGAAGAUGAUAAUGUGCAAGUGUUUAAAAAUGAUGACAUCGAAACUGAUAUUAGUAAGCUGAAACCUGCACAAGAGCUGGGAAGAUCAAUAGAAGAUCUGAAAAUGUAUGAACGCUUUUUCCCAGAGCUUUCUGAUGAUUUCCAGGACUUUGACCUGGUCUCGAAUGAACAAAUGACAGGAGCAAACCAAGGUGGGCCCAUCAUUGUCCCAACUGCAGGAGAAGAGCCGUCAUAUACACCAAGGCAUAUUAUUAAAGAACUUUCAAGGAAAAGCAGUAGUAUUUCUUUAGAAGAUGAAUGCAACAAAAGACCAACAUUUUUGAAUGUGCCAAAGAAAGACAUUAAGAGAGACUACAAUAGCUCCUUUCCACAGACUCAGGGUGAUACCGAAAGGUCCUCAUGCUUUUACUUGAACAAUGAUGUUGUCAGAGAUCUUGACAGACUAUCUCUACAGAAGUCUUCAGUCAACAACCAUUGCAAAAACGGAUGCGUGUCCACUAAAGAUAAGUCCAGUGUUUUAUCUCAUUCCUGCAGUAUGACUGCAAAGAAUUUGUCAUGUGGUAACAAGCUGUUUGAAAAGCAUUCUGUGAAUCUAGGACCUUUAUGCUGUUCUGGAGUCUUGCCCGAUGAGGAUGAAGAUGCAAGUCCUUUAGGUGGACACUCAUUGUAUGACAUACUAGAUACAGAACACUUAUCACCUCUCCAUGAUCCAGAGCUGUACAUUGAAAUUGUGAAAAAUACCAAAUCUGUUCCAGAGUAUUCAGAAGUGGCAUAUCCAGACUACUUUGGCCAUGUCCCGCCAUGUUUCAAGGAGCCUAUAUUAGAAAGACCCUAUGGUGUACAAAGGACAAAAAUUUCUCAAGACGUUGAAAGAAUGAUUCAUCCCAAUGAUAUAAUAGAUAGGGUGAUAUAUGAUCUUGAUGAUCCCAGUUGCUCCAUACCAGAUGAAAGUGAUGUUCUCAAGUUCAACUCUAAGUUUGAGUCUGGAAACCUGCGGAAAGUAAUUCAGAUUAGAAAAAAUGAAUAUGAUCUCAUCUUAAACUCUGAUAUAAACAGCAAUCAUUAUCAUCAGUGGUUUUACUUUGAAGUGGGUGGAAUGAAGACAAACACUGCAUAUCGAUUCAACAUCAUCAAUUGUGAGAAGUCCAAUAGUCAGUUCAAUUAUGGUAUGCAACCACUUAUGUAUUCUUUACAGGAAGCAUUGAUUUCUCGGCCUUGGUGGAAACGUGUUGGAACAGAUAUAUGUUAUUACAAAAACCAUUUCUCCAGAAGUUCUAUAGCCACUGGCGGCCAGAAGGGAAAAUCUUACUACACCUUGACAUUCACUGUCAUGUUUUCGCACAAAGACGAUGUCUGCUAUUUUGCUUAUCACUAUCCUUAUACAUAUUCCACAUUAAAGAUGCACCUUCAAAAACUGGAGUUUCUGCACAAUCCGCAAAAGAUCUACUACCGCCAUGACGUAUUAUGUGACACUCUGGGUGGAAAUGGGUGCCCAGUGGUCACCAUAACUGCUAUGCCGGAGUCCAACUACUAUGAGCAUGUCUAUCAGUUUCGAAACCGCCCCUAUAUCUUCCUGACAUCCAGAGUUCACCCUGGAGAGACCAACGCAAGCUGGGUAAUGAAAGGGACGCUGGAAUAUCUCAUGGGGAACAGCUCCAAUGCACGGAACCUUAGAGAGGCCUUUAUUUUUAAAAUCAUUCCUAUGCUGAACCCUGAUGGAGUUAUCAAUGGAAAUCAUCGUUGCUCUUUAAGUGGGGAAGAUCUGAACAGGCAGUGGCAAAACCCAAAUGUGGAUUUGCAUCCUACAAUUUACCAUACCAAAGGCCUUCUACAGUAUUUGGCAUCUAUCAAACGUGUACCUCUGGUUUACUGUGACUACCAUGGGCAUUCUCGCAAGAAAAACGUAUUCAUGUAUGGCUGCAGUAUAAAGGAAACCAUUUGGCACACAAAUACCAGUGCUGCCUCGAGUGACAUAGCAGAAGAUACUGGAUACAGAACGCUACCUAAAGUUCUGAGCCAGCUUGCACCAGCAUUUUCUCUGAGCAGCUGUAGUUUUGUGGUGGAAAAAUCCAAAGAAUCAACUGCUCGUGUUGUGGUGUGGAGAGAGCUGGGAGUCCAGAGGAGUUACACAAUGGAGAGCACUCUGUGCGGCUGUGAUAUUGGACAGUACAAGGGUCUGCAGAUCGGGACAAAGGAACUGGAAGAGAUGGGUGCCAAAUUCUGUGCAGGAUUACUUCGCUUAAAGAGAUUGACCUCUCCCCUGGAAUUCAGCCUGCCUCCCAGCCUCCUAGAUAUCGAGAAUGAUCUGAUCGAGUCCAGCUGCAGGGUUGCAAGCCCAACCACCCAUGUUUUGGAGGAUGAUGAGCCCCGUUUCCUGGAAGAAGUGGAUUACAGCGCGGAGAGCAAUGAUGAAGUGGAUCCCGAUCUACCAGACGUGGCUGCAUUCUUUGAGCCCUCCGCUGUGGAGGAUGAAGGAUUCUCAGAUUCUGAGCUCACACGAACUUGCUUAAAAACUGCACACAAACACACGGAAUGUUAACUAAGCUUGGGCUCUGCAGGGAAGAACUGAAAGAUGGAAUUGGCCUUAGAUAGGAGUAGUUGGACCCAACGUAAAUAAAGGUGUUAAGAGGACAUUGUGUUGGGUUUCAUUUGGAUUAACCUGCUCCUAGUCUGGGUAUAUAUAAUAGUGGCAUCAUUUAUUCUCCUACUUAUAUUGCAUGGCUUUCGGGAAGAAUACUUUCAAACUAAUUCUCCAUUCUUGAACACAUACUCGUGGUUGAAAUGCCACGUUCUGUACUGUCCAUUGUACAAUGUUUAUAGUACGUGUAAUUUUAUCUGCUGAUUAUUGCACUUUUAAAUUUCAGAGACUUGGAAACUGAAUUCACAGAUUGUGUUGCUUUUGUCUUUGUUUGUUUCCGCAUUCUCUGAUUUGUCUCGUGUAGCUGUGGUAGCCUACAGCAGACAUGUCCAAACUGCGGCCCUCCAGCUGUUGAGAAACUACACAUCCCAGCAUGCCCUGACACAGCUUUAGCAUUCUCUGACAGCAAAACUGUGUCAGGGCAUGCUGGGAUAUGUAGUUUCACAACAGCUGGAGGGCCGCAGUUUGCACAUGCCUGGCCUACAGUAUCAGUUUGUAAACUGUUUUUCUUUUACGGAAUGUUGCUACUAGAUUUUGUUUCCUCCAAGAUGUUUUAGGAUUGUUAUUACUAAAGUUUCCCUUAUUAUUUUGUUAUUGCAAAAGGUUCUAGGAUGUAUUUUUUUUUUACAUUUCAGCUACUUCUUUCACACAAGUGGAUUGAUUACAAGUACACAAAUCAGAUAUAUAAAAAUACUAGAGAUGAGCAGGUUAGGAUUUACUCGGUUCUUUACACCAGAAUUAUCGCCAUUUCUUAUUUUCUGGAUUUUUCUUAUUGGCUAACCAAAAGAUGUGACAUCCAAUAGCCAAUAAGGAGAUUCGGGUAAAUCCGAGUAAAACCGAACCCGCUCAUCUCUAAAAAAAAAAAAAAAAAAAACCCACAAACAGUACAUAUGUUUAAAUUGCUACAAAUCUCAGUUUUACAUUUAUUCCACAUAACCUUAGUUAUAAUUGAUCUGUUGUUAUGCUGUAUGUGAUAUCCAAUGUGUAACAUUGCUUUCCUGUCGCAUAAUUAUACAAUUAGCAAUUUGCCAUCUACUUUCACGUCUGAAAACAAGUAGUAUACAGAUGACCAAACUUAGGGUGGUUUAGUCGCUGGGCUCAUCUAUCCAGCGACCGGCUUUCUGUCACAUACUGUACAUACUUACAUGUGAGGGCAAAUCUGAAAACUGUGGUGCCCAAACACAGACUGGCCAGGUCAUAGGGACAGGUAGCAUGGUUGGAUGAUGACUACUUUCAUAAUUGGAUGUUGCCAUUGGCCAAAUAAGUGAAGUGAAUCGGCCACCUCAGUCAUCAUCUGAAACAUCUGGAUUGCUUGUCUUUUUGUGCCCAUGUAUGCACCAAUAUGUGUGCAGUUUAAAACUACGUAAUUUACCUGCAAAAUGUUAUUUAUUUUAUGUUUCUGCAUCCUCCACUGUAUAUUUGUUUAAGUGACCUGUGUUAUUUGUGUGUAUAUAUUGUUUAAGUGACACCCCAUUAAUAAAAAUGAAUGUUUUUUUAUUACGGGCGGGCUUGUCAGUAGGACUAUCCUGUAGGCUAUCCUAUCUCCACACUUCCAGUAGUGCAGCCACAUUAGUUGGCUCCUGAUAUGACCUGAGGUACAGUAGCUAGUUGAUUGACAAGCCUUACUAUGCACAAGGACAUUUUUAACAUAACUUUUUUUUAGUUUUGCCAUUCUUUGCUCUACAGUUUGGAAUAAAAACAGAUCUAUAGUCAAGCAAAAUACCUACUCCAUGUAGUUUUUAUGUUAUGUUACCAAAAGUAAGAUUAGUAGAUAAUGUACUUGAUUUGUAUUUGUUUGAGUGGUAAUUUAUUUAUUCAUUGAAUUGCGCUCUUGUCUGGAUUAUGGUUUGACUUUUAAUUGUAGAAGUUCAUUGCACAUUUUGCACAAUUUUUUUGUAAGGGUCAAUAUACAUUUAGAGUAUGGCUGGUAUAUAGUGGUCUAUGGAAAGGAAUGGUUUGUGUCUACUUAUAUAUGCCUAUCAUAAAUAAUUAUCUACUUACAAAUUGUAACAGAACUCUGCAAAGUUUAAAAGAAUUUUGUUGUACUCCCAAUGUGGUUGGAAAAUAUGGUGUCUUUUAGGAUAUUUUAAUUUCUGUCAAGUUAUGGAAACUUAUACAAAUGAACUUUUUACUUGUUACAAGAUAUUUCAAAUAGCAACAGUAUUAAAAGUAUCAUUUAUAACAAAAA